AUGAUGAACGUGCCUCCGUAUUGGCUUAAGAAUGUCGAUGAGUUUGUUGGGAGCAAUCCCGCUUUGGAUCGGGCCAUUCAAAGUUUCUCCACACAUAUAUGUGGGAAGUCCAGUUGUAAUGAUACAUUGGUGGCUUACAGCUACUCUCGCUAUGGGGAGGCACUGGCAGCUCUACAGAAGGCUCUCAAUAACCCGACCCAAGCAACACUAUCUACAACACUGGCAGCAACCACCUUGUUGUGCCUCUACGAGCUAUUUGCACCUACCGAAUCAAGUUCGUGGCUGAGGCAUGCAGACGGCAUCGGACGCUUGAUUAAGCUUCGAGGUCCAAGGAGAUGCGAGACCGAGUUCGAUUUCAACAUGUACAUGGAAGUGAGAGGACUUCUUAUCAACGAAGCGCUGUUUACUGGCAAAGCGUGCUUCCUCGAAGCGGAGAAAUGGCACCCUAAUGCAACAAAGGAUUCUUCUCAAAGCAAACACCCGGCCAUUCUACUUAUUGAAGAGUUUUCGCAUAUACACGCAGCAACCCCCGGGAUUAUGAGAGACGCGGAAGCUUUAAGACGAGAAGGAGAAACGAGCGCUGUCAACGCGACACAGAGACGGAGCGUGAUCGACCGGGUACUCAAGCUUCGCCAACAAGUAUGCGUCUGGUCCAAAAGAUUCGAAAUGCUGAUGCCGCCUCCAGAGGAUGUUCCAAGUAAUACAGCAGAUGACUUGUUCCCAACGGUCUACCGGUUCGCUAAUCACGUGGUCGCAUCGAUUUACAAUUGCUAUUAUGCAACAAACGUCGUUAUCCUGGAGGCGCUCCGGGCAGGUCACUACGAAAAAGACUACUCUGCUGAUUUGGAGUCAUUCAUCGAUUGCGUCUGCAAAUCUGUCGAAUAUGUGUCGGGGACUGGAUUGCUUGCCCCUUACUAUCUUGCGUUUCCACUCAAAGUCGUAUUGAUGGUAGGGUCCCAUGAAAAGAAGCUAUGGAUCAAGAGAUGGCUUGAGAGAUUUGUUGAAAGCUACCAAGUUAUGGCCUGCUGCAUGUCCAAAGGAUCGAAACAUAUUUGGCUGGACUGA